AUGUAUUGGCGAAUACAGCAACUGUGUAGUAAUAGAGGACAGCAAAUACCUAGACGAAUAAUUAUGUCAGGCAGUAUCAUUCGUGAAAAACCGACAAUGCUUGGACCUAGCCGUCAAGAUAGUGUAAAUAAUGCGAAUUCGCCGCUAAAGCUAUUUACUCAUGCUAAAACAACGAUAACAGAAAUAUUCAAAAGCAUCUCGGUAUACGUCGGUGACGCUAAUAAAUUUCUCGACGACGUGAACAAAUCAGAUCGGAAUUUGCUAACUAAUGAGAAAUAUAAAGAGAUUCAACAAUUGAAAGAGAAAGUGAACCGUAUUUUAAGUAUCAUAUCACGUGAUCACAUGAAAGUGGUUUUCUUUGGAAGAACAAGUAAUGGGAAAAGUACAACCAUGAAUGCAAUGUUACGUGAACGCAUCUUACCAGUUGGAAUGGGACACACUACAAAUUGCUUUCUUCAAAUCGAAGGAACAGAUAAAGCUGAACCGUAUGUUCUCACACCCGGUUCAGAUGAACCCAAAAGUGUUAGUAGUUUGGGCAAUGUUGGAAGUGCUCUAUCAAGAGAAAAACUUGAUUCGGACUCGCUCGUAAAAAUCUUGUGGCCAAAAGAAAAAUGUCGUCUUAUUCGAGAUGAUGUUGUUCUUGUCGACAGUCCUGGCAUUGAUGUGUCUGCAAAUCUCGAUCAAUGGAUCGAACAACAUUGUCUAGAUGCUGAUGUGUUUGUACUUGUCAUAUCUGCUGAAGCAACAAUUACAGUUGCUGAGAAGAAAUUUUUACAUAACGUUGCACAACGUUUAUCAAAUCCAAAUAUUUUUAUCUUAAUGAACCGUUGGGAUGCGACAGCAAACGAACCAGAAAUGGUUGACUCGGUGAGACAACAACAUCUAGAUCGUGGUUUAGAAUUCCUAUGCGAUGAAUUACACAUAUGCGAUCGACAAGAAGCGUCUGAACAUCGCAUGUUUUUUAUAUCAGCACGUGAAGCUCUGUUAAAACGCAAUAAAGAUCCAACCAGUUCGCCGCGAACUGGUUUUAGUGAUGGUCACGAGGAACGCUUUGCUGAAUUCAAUAAUUUCGAGCAUGAAUUUGAAAAAUGUAUUUCAAAAACAGCUGUUCAAACAAAGUUCGAACAACACACCAACCGAGGCAAAGAAAUUAUCAGUAUAUUACGUGACACUACAUCUAAUAUCGCCAAUCGAUCUCAAACGUUAAAACAAGAAGCAGUUCAAAAGUUAACUGACAUGGACGAAAAGAAUAAUAAACUCGAGCGAGAACUACGCUCAAUGACAGAAACAGCGAAGGAUAAGAUCCGACAUGUAUCUGAAGAUGUUUACAAACGAGUUGCACAAACACUAAAUGAUGAAAUCAGACGUCUUUAUACAUUGAUUGAAGAAUUCGAUCGUCCGUUUUCAUCUGAUCCUGAACAAAUCCCACUAUACAAACGCGAUUUACAUCGUUGGGUCGAAGAGCGUCUCGGUUCAAAUCUGCAAACUCGUCUGCACCAUGCAUUACAUUCAUCACUAGAUCAUGUUCAUCGUGAGAUCAAAGAUCGAGUCAAAGGCGUUAUUGAAAACAAUGAACGUAAAACUCUCGUUGAUUCCAUCGUUCCACGUUCAGAUUUCGCUGUUUCAUACCGUUUGGACUGCUUGAAUCUAUGUUCAGAUUUUCGUGAAGAUAUUCAAUUCAAAUUCUCAUUAGGUUUUACUAGUUUAUGGCAAAAGUUUGUUCAGAAUCAAAAAGAGUCCAUAACUGGCUCAAAAUCUAAUUAUGAAUUAACUUCACCAUCCACAUCGUCGUUACUCAGUUCGACAAACGAUUUGUUAUCAACAGCAAAUAAUAUCUCCGCACUGACGACCAAAUCUGGUUUGGUUGCUUUGGGUGGUUGUGCAUUAGUAUGGCGAAGUGUAGGCUGGAAAGUUUUAGGUGUCGUGGCGGGUAUCUAUGGUUGUUUAUAUGCUUACGAAAGAUUGAUGUGGACCAAAAAGGCACAGGAACGUGCAUUUAAACGCCAAUAUGCUGAUUACGCUUCGUCGAAAAUGAAAUUAAUUGUGGAUAUGACAUCGGGCAGUGCCAGUGCGCAAGUUCAACAAGAACUAUCGAUGUAUUUCGCACAGACUAUACGCUACGUCGAUAUGGAAAAAGAUGAUUUAACCGAUAGUAUGAAACAGAAGAAAAUUGAAAUUGAUCAAUUAUUAAAAUACAUCGAUAAAGGAAAGAAAUUGAAAAAACAAGGUGAUCAAAUUGAUAAUGAAUUAAACGAUUUUUCCAAACAAUAUUUAUCAUCUGAGUCAUUAACGAACACUAAUGAAUAA